AGGAGCAGUUGCCGUGGUACCUGCUGCUGCUGCUGCUGCUGCCGCUGCUGCUGCCGCCGGUGCGGACACAGAGCUUCGGACGCGAGCGCUGGUGCGUGGGGCAGGAAGGUGAAGCCAUGACGUCCGUCAGUGAAAAUAUUCUCUUUGGGAUGGGAAAUCCUCUUCUUGACAUCACUGCUGUAGUGGAUAAGGAUUUCCUUGAUAAGUAUUCUCUUAAACCAAAUGACCAAAUCUUGGCUGAAGACAAACACAAGGAAUUGUUUGAUGAUCUUGUAAAAAAAUUCAAAGUCGAAUAUCAUGCUGGUGGUUCUACCCAGAAUUCUAUUAAAGUGGCACAGUGGAUGAUUCAGCAGCCACACAAAGCAGCAACAUUUUUUGGAUGCAUUGGGAUAGAUAGAUUUGGAGAGAUUUUGAAGAAGAAAGCUGCUGAAGCCCAUGUGGAUGCUCAUUACUAUGAGCAAAAUGAGCAAACAACAGGAACUUGUGCCGUGUGCAUCACUGGUGACAACAGGUCCCUUGUAGCUAAUCUUGCUGCUGCCAAUUGUUAUAAAAAGGAAAAACAUCUUGAUAUGGAGAAAAACUGGACAUUGGUACAAAAAGCAAGAGUUUAUUAUAUAGCAGGCUUUUUUCUUACAGUUUCCCCAGAGUCGGUAUUAAAAGUGGCUAACCACGCUUCUGAAAACAACAGAAUUUUUACUUUGAAUCUGUCUGCACCAUUUAUUAGUCAGUUCUACAAGGAAUCAUUGAUGAAAGUUAUGCCUUACGUUGACAUACUUUUUGGAAAUGAGACGGAAGCUGCCACUUUUGCUAGAGAGCAAGGCUUUGAGACUGAAGACAUUAAAGAAAUAGCCAAAAAGACACAAGCUCUGCCAAAGGUGAAUCCGAAGAGGCAGCGAAUCGUGAUUUUCACCCAAGGAAGAGAGGAUACUAUAAUGGCUACAGAAAAUGAAGUCACCGCGUUUGCUGUCUUGGAUCAAAACCAGGAAGAAAUUGUUGAUACCAAUGGAGCUGGAGAUGCAUUUGUUGGAGGUUUUCUGUCUCAGCUGGUCUCUGACAAGCCCCUGACUGAAUGCAUCCGUGCUGGUCACUACGCAGCAAGCGUCAUAAUUAGGCGGACUGGCUGCACUUUUCCUGAGAAGCCAGAUUUCCACUGA